AUGCAUUUCACCACGAUCGCUCCUCUUCUUUUGCUGGCUACCAAGCAGGUUGCUGCACAUGGCCUGAUUACUCGCAUUCAUGGUGCGAACGGUGUUGUAAUGCCGGGACUGACAGUUGUCGAUGGCACUCCACGUGAUUGUCCCUCUGGUGCGUGCGGCGGACAGAAAGAUACCGCAAUCAUCCGAGACCCAGAAAUGGGAACCUCUGAGGCAUCGGCUUUGGGACGCACUAUGAGUGGUCCUGUGGAUCCCAAACGAGUCAUCGUGCAGUUCAUGGGCUCUAGUGCCCAGAAACGGGCUCACACACGCCACUUCCCUCAAGCUCGCCAGCUGGCCAAUGACGCGGCUAGUAUCUUCACUACUGCCGGUGGAACUGUUCUCAAUGGCGCUCAGGAUCUUGCAGACGCAACGCCCUUGGGUAAUGUUGUCAAAGGUGCCCAGUCUACUGUUGAUACCAUGACAGCUGGAGCUACAGGGACCAAGCCUGGUGUUAUGACACCCGAUGGUACCGUGGAGAAUGGGCUCCAAGAAUAUGCUGGCAAGGGGGCUGCCCACGGCUUGCCUUCUGUUUCUGGUGAUGGAUACAUCACCGUGAUUUACCAUCAGGUAAACCAAGACGGCGCGGGCCCACUGCACGCAGACGUCGACGCAACCAGCGGCGGUACGGACCCCAAAGCAUUCAAACCGGCCAAGGUUGUCGAGAAUAUCCCGGGUGUUGCGGGAGCCUCAACCACCAGCACCAUGGAUUUCGAGGUUAAGAUUCAAGUCCCCGCAGGCACGAAAUGCACCGGUGUUGUUGACGGCAUCGAAAACGUUUGCAUCGUGCGUGUCAGGAACAGUGCCAUUUCCGGUCCCUUUGGUGGUUCCGCUGCUUUCACAAACUGA